UUUUCUAAACACCUCAACAUUUUUUAAGAGGUGUUACACAACAUAGACUGAUGCUUUAGCCAAUAAAGAAGUCGAUUCAAUAAUAAAGACACAUAUUUUCGUUUUUUGUAAAUGGUUGCUAUGGUUCCUCCCGCCCGGCAGAUGGAAACAGUGCAUUAGUGAACCGACUACUUGAGUUGUGUAGACACAGUCACUCGUACCUUGCGGGCAUUGAAACCGCCACUUCUCGUGCUAACUUGCAUUUUAACAUUGAAUAUUAAACACCUUCUGGCGUAAACAUCUUGUCCGCGCGAGUCUCGUGUGCCACACAAACCUUAACAACCAUGUCGACAGUCUUCUCGUUCCAGACACAGCUCGUCUCCAUCAUGGACGCCUUGUCCAAAACAGCAGUGAUGGAAAUAAGCAAACUGGUGGAGAUUGAGUCGAAGAUGCUGAAAAUAGAGAUAACUCGAGGGCGGAACGAAAUCGCCUCCCUCGCUGAGAAACUGCAGCUGAUGGAGAAACUGCUGUACAUCGCACAGGGGGGCAGACGGGACGCAGCGGGAGCCUGCUCUGCAAACAUAACACUGGAGCCUGACAGGAUGAGACCUGCCAUAAAAAGUGAGAUCCCAUGGGAAAGCAUAGGUUCCUCCACUGAGAUGAGCAGGUUGCAUCACGGCGAAGAGCAAGCUGCAGCUGAGCUUCCAAAUCCACCGAAAGAGCAGCCUGAUCUUAUUGUGGUUAAGGAAGAGCCCACAGAGGUGGACACUCGAGACACUGAACAAGAUAGGACAAGUGAAAACAGAAGGGAAGCAGUCACAGUCGCUCAGAGGACUUCCAAUGUGAUGCAGCGUCCUAAACCAGUCGCAGAACGGCAGCUGCCCAUCUUCACUGAAAACUUUGUGACCCUGAGCACCCAAUCAUCUAUCGCAGGACCAGGGAGGAGGGAAACACAGUGGAGUCAACAACUUGCACCUGCAAACACAAAUCCAGAGGCUGGGAAAGGCGUAGCUCAAAAUGUUGCCUCUCAAAGCUUAAGUGUGCUCAGAAACAUGAAGAUUCACAAUUUGAGGAACUCGGCUGCGAAGAGGUUCGGCUGCUUGCAGUGCGGCAAGAGCUUUAGGUGCUUCAGUCAGCUUGAAAUACACCAGAGGAGCCACACGGGAGAGAAACCGUUCAGGUGCACGCUGUGUGGAAAGAGAUACGCACAAAAAGGGCACCUGUAUACACACCAGCGCACACACACUGGGGAGAAGCCAUAUCGCUGUCCGAUUUGCGGAAAGGGCUUCAUUCAGAAAUGCACUCUUGAUAUGCAUCAGCGUACACACACGGGAGAAAAACCUUUUGUUUGUAUCAAAUGUGGCAAGGGUUUUACAAAGAACUGUAACCUGAAAAAGCACCUUGCAGUGCAUUUCGAUCCUAGUUUGAACAUGUAUGGAAGUGCGUCUGGUGCAGCCACAUUCAGUGCGACAUUGAUUAAUGGAACCACUUACGUAACAUUUUCCCACAAUCCCUUGCGGCACAGACACACUCCCAUAUUCGACCUGGGAACGACGUUGCUACGCUGGGAAUUUCGCCAAAAUUUCGAAAUAUCCAGCCUCUCCGUCGAAAUGAUGUGCGACACGACAAACCGGAGUUUUCGGACGCAGUUGGCCGCCGUCCUGGACAAACUGACCAAGGCGGCCUUGGUGGAAAUAAGCAGCCUGGCUGACGAGUGCUCCUCCGUCCUUCACACGGAGAUCUCCCUGCACAAGACGGAGAACGAGGCGCUGAAGAAACGGUGUUAUUCGCUCGAGGUGCAGCUGAGAGCUGCGCGGGAGGCGCAGGGCUUCCCCGUGCAUGUGAACAGCGUCGGCCGCAGGCUCCCCGCAGAACAGCAGCAAGCUGCUCCAGCCAUCGAUGGAGUUUUCGGAAAGGACUGGUGUAUGGACUUUUGGAGAGAUGAGAAAGUCCCCUCUCACAGAAAAGAAACAAUGGAGGCCGCUGCUAUGUCAAGCAUGGGAGUACAGGCAAUAGACUUGACGGAGAGAGAUCCUGAUACCAUUUUUGUCAAGGAGGAGGCAUAUGAUGAUCAUCCUAUUGGCCAGCAGAUGGGUUUCACAGAUAGCAGAAAAAUUGUUGGAAUUUUUGAGGAGGACAACAUGCUUCAUAGAUCUGUUGAUGAGCUGCAGCUUCACUCAGGGGAAUUAAACAACUUUCCCAUGGCGGCUGACAGUCAGACACUACAACGAACACAGCCAACAAUUAUGGACAAGUUAAUAGAUGAUGCAACAAUGAGCACUCUGGCUGACCACACACAUCCUCCUACAGCCAACGGCGAAUACUCUGACUACACGAAUGAUGUCCAAAUGAAUGCAACUAAAGAACUCACUUUUCAGCCGAAACUUGGGAAGCCAACAAAACGGUUCGAGUGCUUAUUCUGUGGGAAAAUGUUCAACUAUUUAAGCAGUUUAAAAGUCCACAUCAGGCGACACUCCGGUGAGAAGCCGUUCAGCUGCUCGGUUUGCGGGAAGCGAUUUGCUCAGAAAACGUACCUGAAACUGCACCAGCGUGUGCACUCGGGGGAGAAGCCGUACAGCUGUCCAAACUGUGGCAAAAGUUUUUCUCAGAAAAGCUCUCUUAACAUACAUCUCCGGACACACACCGGUGAAAAGCCUUAUAGUUGUGUUGAUUGUGGGAAGUGUUAUGCAUAUAAGUAUGGUUUAAAUCAUCACCAAUGUUUCACUUGACCAGUCAAAGCACAACACGGAGAACCUGAUUAUUGGUCAGAAGUGUAACUAUGGUGAGAAGUGCUUUCGGUUGAGCUCACAGUAGUUCAGCAUGUGCCAAUGUGUAUAUAGGACUAUAUAUAGGAGACUUGAAAUGCCCCAUCUAAAUGAAAAAGCCCAUACAGUUGCUGCAGCAAAAUCAUAGCUUGUUCGGUGUGUUUUUAGUUUUAGUAUCGAUAUGAGAAAUGCUGCAGCAACAAAAUGAUGUUAUAGAAAAUAUUUGUUCUAUUUGAUUGGGUGGGAUUUGGUUUACUUGAUCGGUCAGGGGGUCCUUUCCAAAUUGUAGGAUUCCCUCAUCAAUCCUUUAAAGUAAAUUUCACAUUAUGUUUAUUAAGGAAAGCAUCAUAGCUCACAUUAAACAUUUUCUUAUCCAAACUAUGACAAAAAAUACUUAAUACCCAUUGUAUCCAUGCAUGUUGUCAUAUGGCUAGCGGAAAUGUGUUUCAUAUACCUCAGUGUUAUACUAUAUAUCAGGCCGAAAAAAGGGCUGUGUCAAAUAAUACCAAAAGGACUCUGAGCAAGUGCUAUAGUUGAGUGCACACGUAGCAUAAACCUUCAAAACUACCUCUUCACAACAAAGUUGGAGUAAAUCAACUCGCUCUGUUUGCUUAAUUUCCCAUGUUGCUCACGUCUGGUUUGUAUUUACCACAUGCAUUGCUUCCUUUACUGGCAUUUAACUGUGGAGACAGUGGGUAAGCCUCUCUUUGAAUAACAUGAUCGUUUUAAAGAAAUGUUGACGUGUGUUGGUCACAUAAUAAUCAAAUGAUUUACAGAAAUUGUUCAGGUCUGAAUGGUGUUACUGUUCUAAAAUGUAUUUGUAUGGCUGUGUCAUUAUUGUACAAAAGCAAGUGGUGGUGUUAAUGUGCAGUCAAGCCAAAAUCCAAACUUUUUUCCCCUCCAAAUUGUUCACCGUUUGUUUAAGAAAUUAUAUUUAUUCUGUACUUUGUCAGUAAAUCUUUUUUCAGAACUGUCAACCCCUCAACAGCGCUAUUAACUGUACAAAGGACUUGGGUAUGAGUAACACAAUGCUGACGUCACUAAACUAAUUCUUAAAGCCAA